CAUGUGGUGGUUUGCCAUAAAUCAACUGUUUCUCUGUCUAUGGUUCCUAAGUAAAGGGAGCUGUCAUCCUCACAAUGUGAUAAAAGACUUAAAUACGGGAUUUGCUGUCCGCAUCUAUCAAGCAGUGGCCAGGAUGAACAACAAAACAAACCUGAUUGUGUCACCAACAAGUAUAUCUACUUCUUUAGGUUUGCUGCAGCUUGGAGCCCAGGGCAAUACAUUUGCACAGCUGGAGAAUGCUCUUGGCUACAAUGCACAUGAUAGAUGUGCACAAGACUUCUUGCGCUAUGUUUACAAAGAACUGGACAACUCUAGCCAGCAUGCACUGAUUAAGCUGGCAAAUACUUUAUUCAUUCAGACUGGGACCCAUCUCUUGCCUCAUUUUAAAGAUGCUGCAGCCCUGUGGACCAAUAGCAGCCUGCAGCUGGCUAACUUCAGUGACCAUAUCCAGACCGCAUCUGUGAUCAGUAAUUGGCUCACUACCAAUAAUGCAGGUAAACUCAAUAACCAGAUGUAUCAUAUAUUGGACCUAUUUUCUGGAGGCAAGGUGGGGUCAGCUGUUCCACAGCUAGCUGUGAUCACUACAGUAUAUUUCAAAACCUCAUGGCAGUCACAGUUCUCAGUUACAGACACUCAAAGUUUGCUGUUCACAGACUCAGAAGGAUCCAUCUUAAAAGUGCCAAUGAUGCAUCAAAGAGCAGAUGUCAACUAUGGUCAGUUCAAAAUUAUCUCAGGACAAAAGAUAACAGUGCUAGAGUUGCCCUACAUUGAAAACACUGCAAGCAUGUUUGUGGUUCUUCCUGUUGACAGAAAAACAGCCCUUCGUCUCAUUGAGCCUUACAUCACUGCCAAGAGUAUAGCUGAUUGGACAAAAAACAUGAAAAGAACAACAAUGGAUAUCUUUAUACCCAGGUUCCGACUUCAAAAUCUGUUGAAUCUAAAGAAUGUUUUGUCCUCCAUAGGGAUUACUGAUUUAUUUGAUCCAUGUAAAGCAAACCUGAAAGGGAUUUCAGACCAGGAAAACCUUUAUGUUUCAGAAGCCAUCCAUGAAGUAAGAAUUACAGCAAAUGAGAAUGGUAGCAAAGCAUCAGCCAGUACAGUUAUGAUGCUUCUGAAAAGAUCAAGAACUCCUGUAUUUAAAGCAGACAGACCCUUUUUCUUUUUUCUUCGUCAGACUACCACAGAUUCAAUUCUCUUCAUGGGACGAGUUACAAACCCCUUGGAAUAAACACACAAGCAUUCAGAAAAAGCUUUAUCUGCAAGUUUGGAAAUCUGAAGUCAGUGAACCAGAAAGAUGUAAUUAAUUUAUUAAAU